UCUCUCCAUCAACCAGGAAGGUUUCAUGGCUUUUUCCAAGUUUCAGGCGUUCUAUAACCACCCUGCUGGGCCAAAGACUAUUCAUUUCUGGGCGCCAACUUUCAAAUGGGCUAUAAACAUUGCCAAUGUCGUUGACAUUUCAACAAAGCCAGCUGAAACAGUCUCUUACCCUCAGCAAGCAGCUUUAGCAUGCAGUGGCCUUAUCUGGGCAAAGUACAGUACUGUAAUCACCCCGAAGAAUUGGAACCUAUUUGGUGUUAGUAUUGCAAUGGCUGCAACUGCUUCUUACCAACUUUCACGUAAAAUUCAGCAUGAGUUCAUCAACAAAUCGUCUGUUGCAAAAGAAUGGUGAGGAGAACUGGUUUCAACGAAUAAGGGAGUGAAGUUGUAAUUUAGAGUACUGUUUCCUCCAUGGAUUAUCGAUUCUUGAAUAAAUGACAACUUUUGUCUUCAUUAAAACAGACGAUCGAAAGACCCUUUAUCUGUUUAUGUAUGAAUUGGAUGAAUUCAUAGCAUUCAGUAACAUUCCUGCUGAUUUAAUAUGAAUUCAUUAUUCAUCCAAACUUACUCAAUCCAAAACUUUAU